AUGGCUUGUGAAUUCAUCCGGAGCAGUAGUGUCUAUUCUACUCUGAGCCAGUUCAACGUGAUGCUGAUAUUUUUGAUUGGAGGUCUGCUUUUAGCUGCUGGUCCAGGCGAAAUUGCUGCUCAACAUAGUUUCCAGUCAGCCCAGCGGCGAACCGUCUAUCCACCCGCAGAUGUGGACCUCAGCCUACUACAUCUUACACACAGCCCAGGUGAUGGUCGGAUGGGUCAUGGCUACGAUCGUCAUUCAUUUCGUUACAGUUCACCUGGCCACCUUGCGCACGACUCUGUGCCGAAACCAAGACGAAUAGGCAUCUCAAGAUCAACUCAUGAGAACACACCUGACGGAUUGAGAGAUAAUAUAUACAACCCAGGUCUUUGGGCCCGAAUUGCAGCGCCCAGCCGAGACUUCAUUCCAGAGCAGCCUCCUGUUGAGAUAUAA